UUUUCUUGGAGUUAAAAAAAAAUCUCUUUUAUCAACUUUUCUAAGCUUCUGGUCGUGUUGCUAUAUAGCACGGUAUAGCAAUUUUGAUAAAUUCCCCAGACAUUUCAGAGUUAGCUUUUCGAGAUUAGCAUUUUAGCUAACAUAAACAUGAAUGUAGACAACGUAAAUCCGUCUGUUACAACAGGAGUUGCGUCCACGACGUCUUCAGCUUCGAGUAAUUGCAUUGCCAAUGAUAAUGCAACAGCCAGCGUCAGCAGCAUUCCUUCGGUUACAAACAAUGCUGCAGCUUCGGCAGCCCCGGCAACUCCAUCAGCAGACACAUCAGUGUCCAAUGGAGUCUACGUUCCCACUGGCAUCACCAACGGGGAUGUGAAACCUGCCGUCUCCACCACACCUCUGGCUGAUUUCCUCAUGCAGCUGGAGGAUUACACUCCUACGAUUCCUGAUGCAGUUACGGGAUAUUAUCUCAACCGAGCUGGAUUUGAGGCGUCUGACCCAAGAAUAAUCCGUUUGAUCUCCCUCGCCUCUCAAAAGUUUAUUUCUGACAUUGCCAAUGAUGCACUGCAGUACUGUAAAAUGAAGGGAACAGCCUCUGGAAGCUCCAGAAGUAAGACAAAGGAUAAGAAGUACACAUUGACGAUGGAGGACCUGACUCCUGCUCUGUCUGAAUAUGGCGUAAAUGUCAAAAAACCUUAUUAUUUUACAUAAAACAUUUCUAUUUUUUGCUUUAGGUAGUAAUAAUCUAACUGCUGAAGGAGCAGUCUUUCACCAUCUUUAUUGCUAAAUGUUUUUUUUUGAUGAUAAUGAUUUGGUAGAGAUUUGACAAAUCCUUAUAGUCACUUUGUCAUUUUUGUGGAGUUAUUUUUUUCUUUUGGUUAAACAAUAAACUUUUGUUUUAUUGUGAAAAUUAAAGCUUAAAAACACAA